CCUGUCCGGAUGUGUUUGGGCAUCUGUCUUGUCAGAGUGUUUGCCCCCUCUCCUUGACACACUCUUCAUCACUGUCAGUUCAGGCCGGUGCCAUUUGGGAAUGCAGCAACCUCAGAUCAAAGCCCCAGAGUUCUGGAAAGCUCUUUUGCCACCCGUGGCUCAGGGGUCCAGGACUGGGUGAGAAACCUGACUAUCCAAACUCCCAUAGCUCAUUAAUGCUUCAACAGAGCAUUGGUAGCUCUAUUACCCCUUCCCCAUCCGCGGAUCCAAUCUAACUCAACGGGGUGACCGUCUGCCAUUUACCCAAGGGCUUGUAAAACUCGCCAAACUUCCUCAUAAACUCCCAGCAAAGAGGGUUUCAUUUUUAAGAAACUCCAGCUCAGCUCAUAUCGGAUUCCAGAAACCUCGGUGGAGGGAGUGGUGGACGCGGUCUCCAGAAGCAGCAGUCAGGGGGGGCGGAAAAAGGUGAUGUAUAGUUAGCUUUUGACUCCUGGCUCCUUCCCCCCAGAAAUGCUUCACUUCCCAUGGGGUUUUGCAAUUUGCCUUCUGUUCCUUUUGGGCUUGGCUUCUGACCCUUGGGAUCCAUGCUACGAUGCCAACCGCAAUCCACGCUACUGCCUCCCUGAGCUAUCCGAACUGGCAUCAGGACGUCUGGUGGAAGCAUCGAGUACAUGCAGUAGCAAUAAUUCCCCUGGACGAUUCUGCACCUUCCGAGAUUCGAUGGACCCAACCUCAAAAUUCUGCCAGCGCUGCAAAGAGGACACUCACAUGCCUGAGUAUCUCACUGAUGCAGAUGGUGGUGCCACUUGUUGGUGGUCUCAGCCUGCAACCAACGCCACACUGACUUUAGCCUUGGGACGUAGAGUGGAAGUUCUCUAUGUGGCUCUCCGAUUCUGCUCCCCACGGCCAGAGUCUCUGGCUAUUUACAAAUCUAUGGAUUAUGGACGCAGUUGGGUGCCCUUUCAAUUCUUUUCUGCCUUGUGUUGGCGACGCUACCAUUUGCCACCAACUAAUGUCAUUCUGAAGUCUAUGGAACAUGAAGCAGCUUGCAUUGAGGCCCAAACCACCCCCAAACCUCUCAUGGGGGGAUUGGUAGCUUUCAUGCCCCUAGCAGGCCGACCUUCAGCCAGGAUGUUUGAGUAUAGUCCUGUACUUCAAGACUGGGUGACUGCGACUGACCUCCGAGUGUCCUUUGACCGCAUGCAUCCAACACGGAUAUUGGGGUUGCGAAGGCGGGAGGCAUCCUAUGGGGUGGCUGAGCUGCAGGUUGGAGGCAGAUGCAAAUGCAACGGACAUGCCUCCCGAUGCACAACUGGGAAAGAAGGAGGAGUGCCUCAAUGUGAUUGUCAGCACAACACAGCCGGGCCAGAAUGUGACACCUGCAAAGCCUUCUUCUGGGAUAGGCCUUGGCAACGAGCAACGCCCAAAGACGCGCAUGAGUGUGUGGCUUGUGACUGCAACCUCCACUCCCACCGCUGCCGGUUCAGCAUGGAACUCUUUGAACUCUCAGGACGUCGGAGUGGAGGGAUCUGUUUGAACUGUCGCCACCACACAGCUGGGCGCCACUGCCAGUAUUGCCACCCAGGCUUUAAGCGGGACCUCAGCCGCCCCAUGACAAGCAACAAAGCCUGCAAAGCCUGCCAGUGUCAUCCUAUUGGAGCAAUUGGUGCUAUUUGCAACCAGACCACAGGGCAAUGCCAAUGCAAGAACGGGGUGACUGGGCUGACCUGCAACCGAUGCGCUCAGGGUUUUCAACAAAGCCGCAGUGCCCAUGCUCCCUGUAUCCGGAUCCAGGAGGUGAUGACAACCACAGCUGUCCCUCCACAGGAAUUGAACACAGGUACUGAAUGCCAGAAUCACUGUAAACCACCCCAAGGACGUGUCCAGAUGAACUUGAGGAACUACUGUAAGAAGGAUUAUGUUCUUCGUGCACAGCUCCUGGCCAUGGAGAAAUCCGGCACAUGGUGGCAGUUCACUGCCUCAGUUCACACUAUCUACCGGCAACGUCAUGUGCCCAUUCGACGGGGUGAGCAGCCACUCUGGGUACCUGAACUGGAUUUGGCAUGCCGCUGCCUUCACCUCCAAGUUGGUAAAGCUUACCUGGUUAUUGGCAACGAUGAAGAGUCACCUGACCCAGCCCGACUAAUCUUGGACAAAAAUAGCCUAGCCCUAUCCUGGAGAGAUGCUUGGGCCCAUAAACUGCGCAGUUUUCAGCAGCAGAGCAGACGUGGGAAAUGUCGAGGCAUCUGAACUACAAUGGUGGAAGGAAAGGGAGGAAGGAAAGGGACAUACAUACAUGUGUAAGUGUAGGUUUGAAAUAGAUUUGGAGAAAAACAUGGCACAAAGACUGUCUUUUCUUUUUCUUCUUUGGACAGUGACUUCCAGAGUUUCCCAGCCAGCAUGGCUACUGGACAUGAUAGCUGAUGGAAGUUGUGUUCUUAAAAGUAACUUUUCCAAAGUCUGGGUUGAGGUAUCCCAAGCACUACAUGCUCAAGCCGCUGUUACAAAGCACCCUCAUGUGUAAAAACAGUUGUCCCAAAAAGGGAAUUCAUGCCAAUCUGGGUUUUUUAAUGUGAGUCCUGAUUUCAUACAAUUCUUCUUAUCUCCUUCCUCCUCCCAACGGGCCUAUGUGUACCGCUAGUCCUUUUUAAAGGCUUAGAGGCGCUCCGGCUGAGGUAGAACUUGCCUUAGGCGAUGCCAGUGGGAAAUAUUUGGGCAGGAGGAAGGCUGUCAAAUCUAGCAGUGGAUGAUAGAACAAGGGCUGAGUUAAAUAGGUUUGAACAAAACACAAGGCCAUCAUAGAGCAUGUGAGGCAGAAACACUGGAGAAUAAGGCUAUCAAUGCAUGACAGCUGUAUAUUAUCUCCAGCAUAAAAUGCCCUAUAGAUCUGAAUACCAAUUCUUGGGGAGGACAAGACUAAAGGUGCUGUUGCCUCCACAUCUUGCAUAUGAGCUCCCCUAUAGUCAGCCAUUGUGGGACUAAAUGUUGGACUAAAUAGACCUUAGUCUAAUCCCAUGCCACUCUUCUUGGCUUCUCCUUGCAUUUUCAGUUGAAGUUACUGUAACUGGAUUUCCCCUUAGCUCUUUCCUACCACUACAACAGAAGAUGAGGGAAAUGGGGCAGCGUGAAACUGUUUUUGUUCAUACCCCAAGGAGCUGGCUAGUCUCCAGGUGACCUGAACUUAGGAUACACUUGUCAAAAUAUGCAGAGUGAAAUCAAAUAUAUAUUGCAAAACAAUUGCCUCAUUCUGGACAUAUGCCAUUAUAUAAAUCUAUGUAUUUCUGGAAACAGAGAUGGAAGGAAAGAAUGACUGAUGGUUAGGGCUUGGUAUGCCACUGAAGAAUUAUACAUUUAUUGCGGGGAUGGCAUUACACCAAUACUGGUUACUCAGAAGACCAUAAGCCCUCCCUGUGGUCUUCUUAAGGCAACCAGUUUUGACACCAUGAUUUGACCCUACAUCUUGGAAAGGUAGUUCCAAGAUACUACUAGUCUACAUUGGCUGUUACUGCCUGUAGCUUAACUAGUCUCAAUUCAGAUAAAAAUGGCUUCCAUAUGAGACUGGUUAAGCUACAGGCAGUAACAGUCAAUGUGGACUAGUAAUAUGAACGUUGGGGUAUAAUUCUGGAGACCAGGACUCAAAUCCCCACUCAGCCAUGGAAACCCACUGAGUGGCCUUGGACAAGUAAUACUCUCUCAGCCUCAAAGGAAAACAAAGGCCAAACUUUCUAUGAACAAGGAUCUCCAUAAGUCAGAAACAACUUGAAGGCACACAUCAACAUAAGUUAUAGGGCCAAUGAGAGAGAAAAUGGAAGAUAGGCCUAAAAUUAUCUCCAGAAUGUUGUUUAACUUCACCUGGAGUCCUGUUCAGAUUUCACAAGGAAGCUCAUCCCAUCUGGGGAGUUAUGCAUGAAUUCACAUUAACAAGUUUGCACAAUUAGGGUAAGUCUAAACGAUUAAAAACCAAACUGAGUUCUUUUCCGUCAUCUCACAUACGCAAAGUCCUGUGACUAUGAGAGGAAAAAAAUAGUUUUCCAGGGACAAAAUUGCUUUCCAGAGCUAAUUACAGAUAGAAGGUUUCUUCCAGAUGGAAGUGUUCAUUCCAGAGAGAGUUCAAAAUAUUAUUUUUUACUAAUGUUUGGAAGUAGUAAAAAAAAGCAAGUUUUCCAAGUCUAAUUGUUCCCAGAUUUAAUCAUACUUAAGAAUUAAAUUUAAAACCAGCCUGAAAUUUUUCAUUAUAUUGAGGGUGCAUUCCUAAAGAUCUUUUAGGGAAAUUGUAAAAAUUAAAUUAGUUUUAGAAUCAUUUUACCUUACGGUAGUACCAAUAAAGGUUAAGUAUCCCUCAUCAGGAACUCCGAAUUACUCCAAAAUCCAAAAUUGUCUAUAUGAAUGGUUGUAACAGUGACAUGCUUUCUGAUGGUUCAAUGUAUACAAACCUUGUUUCAUGCAUAACAUUAUUAAAAUAUUAUAUAUAAAAUUA